UGCAUUUCUUUCUGCAGUGCAGACCGUCAGUUUACUUUGUUCGUCUGGGAGUCAAACAAUCAUUUGUGGGUUUUUUCAAGCUGUGAAAGGCUGCAUCCACAUGGCAGAGAGAACUCCGGUAGACGCUGCUUCAGCUGCCAUGUCUCACUGCCUGAGGAGUUUUAGGAUUUGUAGUUCGAGGUGGCACUAGAGCUCUGUGACAGAGAAGGCCCAGUGUGGUGGAGUGUAGAGAAAUCUUGUAGCAUCUUUGGGACAGAACUAAAAGAAGAAGUUGCCAGCACGAGCUUUCGUAGACUUCAGUCUGCUUCCUCAGAGGCGUGUGGUGGAGCGGUUUGAGUGCUGUGCUCCGUGGAGGAUAGGGCUUGACUCCCCACUUGAGCAUCAAAACCCACUGGGUGACCUGGGGUAAGAUGCACUCUCAGAUGCUCAGAGGGUGGCAACGGCAAUCCCCAUCUGAGGAAACCUGCCGAGAAGACCCUAUGAUGGCUUUGGCUGAUAGCUACAACCCUUCCUGGAGCCAGGGGAACUGGAAACGGCAGUACAUGCGCUGGAAUCUUCUGGAAAAUGAAAUUAGAAGGCUCAGAAGGUAGGACUUGAUCAUGUAUGCAAAGGAAGUCUCUUAAAUGCAUGAGAGUUUCCAAAUGCUCUCUGAAAUGCUGAGAAGGAAAUUUCGUCACUGUCAUAUUCUACGUUUCAAGUUUCUCUUGGUGUUAAUUUUUACAAUUGGGACUUGGUCCUUUAUCAAAACUCACCAGAAACCAAACUAUCUGCAUCAUGAGCACCUGGAGCUGACUGAUGAAAAACCCAGUACUAAUAUAAACUGCUCCAAGAUAUUGUUAGGUGAUCCAGAGGAAAUUCAGAAAGUAAAACUAGAAUUGUUAACUGUUUCAUUUAGGAAGCGCCCAAAGCUAACUGCAAAUGAUUACAUUAACAUGACAACAGAUUGUGCCUCCUUUAUUAAGAGACGGAAAUAUAUUAUGGAACCCCUGAGCAAAGAAGAAGCAGAAUUUCCCAUUGCUUAUUCGAUAGUAGUUCAUCAUAAAAUUAAUAUGCUUGAUAGGCUCUUGAGAGCCAUCUAUGCACCUCAGAACUAUUACUGCAUUCAUGUUGAUAAGAAGUCCCCUGAGUCUUUCCUGGCUGCAAUUAAGGGCAUUGCUUCAUGUUUUGACAACGUUUUCAUUGCCAGCCAGUUGGAAAGUGUUGUGUAUGCUUCAUGGAGCAGAGUGCAAGCGGACCUUAAUUGCAUGAAAGAUCUGUACAGGAGGAGUACGAACUGGAAAUACCUGAUCAAUCUUUGUGGUAUGGAUUUCCCGAUCAAGACUAACCAGGAAAUAGUGGAGAAGCUGAAGGCCCUCAAGGGUGAAAAUAGUUUGGAAACAGAGAAAAUGCCUUCAAAUAAGGAGGUGCGGUGGAAGAAACAUCAUGAAGUUGUUGAUGGUAAGGUAAAGAAUAUGGGAAUAGACAAGCAACACCCUCCUGUCAAUACACCCAUUUUCUCUGGCAGUGCCUACUUUGUUGUUAGCAGGAGGUUUGUUGAAAAUAUAUUGGAGAACAGCAAAAUCCUUGCUUUCAUAGAAUGGGCUAAAGAUACAUACAGUCCUGAUGAAUACCUGUGGGCCACUAUUCAGCGAAUUCCUGAAGUUCCUGGAGCCGUCUCUGCCAGUGACAAAUAUGAUGUCUCAGACAUGAAUGCUCUGGCCAGGUUUGUUAAAUGGCAAUACUUUGAGGGGGAUGUGUCAAAGGGUGCCCCAUACCCACCCUGUAAUGGAAUUCACGUCCGCUCAGUGUGUGUCUUUGGAGUGGGAGACUUAAACUGGAUGUUACAAAAGCACCACUUCUUUGCUAACAAGUUUGACACUGACAUUGACCCCUUUGCAAUACAGUGCUUGGAGGAGUAUUUGCGAGACAAAGCUCUUUUUCAAUACAGACACUGAUGUGCAACAUUCUGCAUGGUACAAACCCUAUUCCUCAGAUAAGGAUGUCAAAAAGAUAUUGAGCAUGUGGUGCACUGUUUUUCCUCUUGCCAGGUGUUGUUGGAUGGUUGCCUAGCUGAUUAUGUUGUUCCAUGUGCUUUCUUUUGGUCAUCAACUUUCCCCUAAACAGAUUCCCAUCACAUGCAUUCUGUUAUAAAGGCUAUUUAAGUAUGGGUGGUAGAUUCCAUGUCAGUGGGUGAAUCCAAUCCAAGUUUGGGUCUGGACUUCAAAGGAAUUAUACAAGGUGCUAUCUCCUACCUUUAAGGUUCAGACAGAGAGUGGACUCACCAUCUCACUGACAUGGAAGCCCACCAGUCACUUCUGGUAAAGUUCUGAACCUGUCAGUUUAUUUUACCCUUUAAAGGAUCAUAAUUUAAAAAGCCAGCCUUGUAUCCUUAUUUGGCAUGGCUCCUGGAUUCUUUUUCAUAAUGGUGACUGAGGAGGAAAGACAGGAUCAAGGUUGCCGUUAUCUUGGAAAACAUCUAGCAAAAGUUGGCAAAAGAUGAAAAUGUAAUUGAAACAAUUCUCAAAACUACAAAUUAUGUAGUGUAUCCAUAUGUGCAUUUUGCUGGAACGUGUCUCUAGCCAUAUAACAAAAUCAUGCAUUUUUCACAAUAAUUCUAAAAAAAAAUAAUUUAAAAGUAUUUUUACAAAAAGCCUUUACUGGCAAUAUAUGUUGCUUUGUGUUUAUCUGAAAAGGAAACCAUCAAUUUUUUAAUCAUUGGUUUUUGGAAUCAACUGCAUCUUAGGCUGCAUCUGUACUGCAGAAACAAUCCAGUUUGACAUCUCUUUAACUGCCAUGGCUCAAUGGUAUAGAAUUCUGGGAAUUGUAGUUUUGUGAGACAUUUAGCCUUCUCUGUCAGAGAGCUGUGGUGUCCCAACAAAUUACAGUUCCCAGAAUUCCAUAGCAUUGAGCCAUGGCAGUUAAAGAGAUGUCAAAUUUGGAUUAUUUCUUCAGUGCAGAGACAGCCUAAAUCACAUUUUGUUGUUUCAGGACUGAUGUGGGCAAAGUGUUCCAGCUAAAAAUUUCUCAGGGAAAUAUUAAUGUGCCUUAUUCUGUUGGUUUAAAUAUUUUAUUGCAUAUGACAGCUUUUGUAUGUUGUUAAAUAACACUUUGGGAUACUUACUAUACCAACAGAAGGGAGAUUCUGACCUAGCAGUCCGGGACCUGACUUUCUGAACACCUUAUAUAUCAACUGAAUAAUUUAUUUCCUUUGCAGGAGUUUGUAAUGCUAAGCAGAAAAUUUAGAAUUCCUAGUGCUGUAACCCUAUUUUCUUACAUUAAACUAAACAAAUUUCGGAA